UGUACCUUAUUAACAAAAGUGUUAAUGUUAUGUAUUUUACAGUCUUCUCCUGGAGGCAAUGGUGGUCUAAAGGUGGCCAAGACGGUGGUUGUUAACCCUAACGACGUCAAUGGUGAUGCCUUUAAAACCAUUAAUGACGCUAUAGCUGCUGCGCCAACGAAGGCAGAAUCCGAAAACGGAUACUUCGUGAUUUACGUCGUGGCUGGAGUUUACGAAGAGUACGUCACGGUCCCUAGCAACAAAUCUUACGUGAUGAUCAUUGGUGAUGGCAUUGACAAAACAAUCAUCACCGGAAAUAGAAAUAUCGUUGAUGGUUCCACCACUUUUGCUUCUGCUACACUCGCUGUUAUCGGAAGAGGCUUCAUUGCGGCGAACAUAACCGUGAGAAACACAGCCGGGCCUAACAAACACCAAGCUGUGGCUGUUCGCAACAGUGCUGACAUGUCAGCAUUUUACAAAUGUAGCUUCGCCGCCUACCAAGACACGCUCUACGUCCACUCACUUAGACAAUUUUACAGAGAAUGCGACAUCUACGGAACGGUAGAUUUUAUAUUUGGAAACGCAGCAACGGUUCUUCAAAACUGCAACAUCAUUCCUAGAUUACCACUUCAAGGACAGUUCAAUGCCAUAACGGCUCAAGGCAGGAGCGAUCCAAACCAGAAUACCGGGAUUUCGAUACAGAAUUGUAAAAUCAUACCGAGUGCUGAAUUGGUUUCAAGUAAUUACACGGUUAAGACGUAUUUAGGUAGGCCGUGGAAGGAGUACUCAAGGACGGUUUACUUGCAAAAUUUCAUGGAUGGGUUUAUUGAUGGUAAGGGAUGGACUGAAUGGAUGGGUGAUUUCGCUUUACAAACGUUGUAUUAUGCUGAGUUCAAGAAUACCGGGCCAGGUUCAGAAACAGCUUACCGGGUUAAUUGGCCCGGUUAUCAUGUGAUCAAUGAAACUGAAGCAGUUUGGUUCACUGUGUCAAACUUUAUUGUCGGAGACAAAUGGUUGCCGAGCAUGGGAGUUCCCUACGCCGGUGGGUUGGUGUAAUCUCGAUUGAUAUCUGGCCAUUCAAAACCAUAUACUAAUUAAAUUAAACGUUUAAAAUUAUUUUGUGUUGGUUUUUUUUUUUGCUAA